CGAAAUGCCCACGCCAAUGGAUUAAGGCCUUUCACGCCCCUCAGCCGUCUAUAACCUCCGUGCUGCCACCCAGCCUGUCAUUGGAGGAACUGCUCUACUAUUCGACUGAAAGACCGGCCCAGGUCCAGAGCACACACAGCAUGGGCUGCCGAUCACCAGAAACAACCUCCGGCUGGAGUAAAUAA